AGAUCGUCAAGGAGUACGACACGAACGCGUUUCGACUCGACUCGGUCGUGGACAAUCUUGGGAUGACGCUCGAGAUAGUCAAUGUUUCCGUCGAGCACGUGGCCGAUCUACCAGCAAAGGUGCCGAAUCUCGCCAUCGCGUUCAAGAAUGCAGCAGUCAAGUCGCUCGGGGACUUUUCAUCCGCGUCCAACGUGACGGGCUUUUUGAUCGAGUACAACAAUGCUACCUUGGACGUCUCGAGCGUGGUCUGGCCCCGUUCGCUGCAAACGCUAGUCAUCAGCAAUGCCGGGUUGCGCUCGGUGCCCAACCUCACGGCGGCGCCCAAGCUGACCACAUUGACGUUGGCUGCGAACGAGAUUGAGACGUUGCAAGACCUCGACCUGCGAAGCGUGCUUUACAUGGAUUUUGUUCGCAACCCCGUCACCACGGUGUACAACAUCUCGCUCGGGACCGACGUCCGUUCACUGGUACUCGACGGCGACAAGCUCACCACGUUUACGGUCGACCCGGCAACGUACCACGUGCUUCAAGCCCAGACGCCACUGCGAUCGCAUCUGGCACAUGCCAUCAAUAUGACGUGCAGUCUGCCCAACACCCGGCGGGAGGUGAAUACAACCUAUCCUUUCGCGACGACGGAAUCCAUGUCGACGAUCUGCGUGACGCCCCAGUCGAUGCUACCGCCAAGCAGGAUGGCGGGUGUCGGCGGCGCAGCCAUUGGCGGCAUCGUCAUUGCGACCGUAUCGCUUCUCAGUGCGAUUGGCUUUGCCUUCUUCAAGCGACGUCGCAACAGAGCAAAGUCGUCCAAGCACGAGGAGUACAAGGAUGUCAGUGCCACCGACGACGCUUCCGACCCCGGGGACAACGCCGUCAUUCCUGCAGAUCUCUCGAUGCUGCGCCUGGAUACGGCGUUGCUCCAGGCGAUCGACUAUGUGGCCGAAGGCGCGUAUGGGCAAGUGUGGCGCGGCACUUACCAAGGCGACACGGUGGCCAUCAAGGGACUGCUGCCAGGCAAAGCAUCGCGCGUCGCACUGGCCAACCUCGCCCAAGAGAUCUUGUUGGCCUCAACCAUGCAGAGUCCGUACAUUGUCCAGCUGCUCGGUGCGAGCUGGCGGACUCCCUCCGACUUGCAGAUGGUCCUCGAGUGGAUGGACCGAGGCGACCUCCGCUCCGUCCUGUACACGACAGCACCUUCCACGCCGCACGAAGUGUCCACUAGCUUUUCGUGGGACGAGAAGAUCGAAUGCAUGCUCUCGAUUGCCGAGGGGCUUGUCUACUUGCACUCGAUGAACAUCAUGCACCGCGACCUGAAGUCCCGCAACAUCCUCCUCGACUCGACCAAGGGAACGAAGCUGACGGACUUUGGCGCGUCCCGAGAAAU